CAGCCUGCCACGCUCGUUGCACCAGGUGAUCGUCGUUCCGUUCGGAUAGAAAAAGGCACACUCGAAUUCGCCGACAUUGCUGCAAGGCUGGUUCGUCUCCCCACGCUGGUGCAAAGAGUAGUGCGGUGAUAGAGCCGUCGCACCGGCACCGAAGAAAACGGCCACUGACAAGAAGGUGUGUAGAAGCAUAAUUCUAGUGCCGCUCAGGAUGCUCGAAUUCGCCAGUGUGUUUUUGAAUGGUACUAGUCCGGAUGUGAGGUGGACGAGCAAUAUUGAGGCGAGUAGUUGUCAGUCUUAUUCUUCUUUGGAGGAAUAUGGAAGAAAAUGCUCAGGAACGACUAUGCGUGAAAAUUCAGAUGCCCGGACUUGCUGGAACCCCCAGACUGGCCAGCAGGAAUAUGGUCACAUUUAUGCCAAAAGCCUCUCCGAGCUGAAUAUAAAACCAACAAUAAUCUGGGGUUCUGAUCAGCAUGGGCUAUAUUGGCUGACGUAGGAGAACAUGUCCUUGCCAAUCGUAUCAUCGUCGUGGUAGCAGAUAAGAUUGCGAUUUGCGUGAGGCGG